AUGGUUUUAAAACGGAACACUGUUGGAAAUUUUUAUAGACCAAACAGAAAUAAACGGACAAAGCCCAUGCUUUGCAGGGAAAGCGCGUCGCCCAUAUCUAAUUCUGGACUUGUUUACAAUCCUUGGAGCGUAGCUUCCACAACUGCUGCAAUCAAAGAUGCUGCCCUUGGGGAUUCUCGCAUGGUCAAACUUUGUCAUGUUUGUUAUAAAAAAACUACUUCAAGAACGCGCGUUGCUUUCUGUGAAUAUUGUAAAAAAUCCACGUGUUGUAUAUGUCUUCGUGAAUGUUUGAAUUGCGAAAGUACUGUUUGUUCUCGCUGUUCAAAAGAAGAAAGAACCUUUGAUAGCGAAACGUAUUGCUUGAGUUGUGUUCCCAUCGUCUCUUCCUAA